AUGGCGACUUGGAUACUGCUUUGGACUAAAUCUCGCGCGAAUUAUCCGGUCGGCCUGCGUGUAUCGCCGAUUUUGGCCAAUGGGAGUCGGAGUUUUCAACGUUCCCACUUCCUUCCGUCAGCCCGGAACAAGUUAUUCGUAAUCAACAUGUUCUGCCUCUGCUCACUGCAUCCUAUCGGUCGUCUCUCUCUCGGCUCCGGCUCGGAUCCUAGCUCGAGUUUGGACCCAACUCUUCUGGAAUCGUAUCAGUCAUCGCACUCUGGCACCCGAAUACUACAUCUCGUUUUCUCAUCCAAGUCUCAGACAUCGUCACACGUCCUGUUCUGCAUCAUCCCUGACUCCGGUCUCACUCUUGAAGUCAAUCUCAGUCUCACUAUUCAAGUUACCCUCUUCUCAUAUCAUCUGCCAUCUAAUCAUCGAGUUACGAAUCGACUUGUGUUAAUUCCCAAAUCCCUUCGUUUCUUUGUUACACUGCUAUUCCGUCAGGACAAUAUUCAGAUCUGGAUAGUCCUCGGAUUUAGGUAUUCUUUCGAAGUACAACUAAAGGCAGCCUCUUUCUAGAAUACACAUCCAGGAAUUUUCUAACUUCAACGCACCCACGACUCCGACGUAGCCGAUUUCGACAAAAUCCUUCGAAGACCUUUGCACACUUUCUUUUAAAUUAACGUCUUGGAAUUGGCGCUUCCAUUCUCUGGCUGACACUAGCCGCGUAUGUCAUCAUUGGUACCGCAUUCGCUGGUCCUCACAUCGAGGACCCACUUUGUGAUAUCCACCUCGCUUAUCCUAGAUCCAGGAGCAUGUGAGCCCAGACUAGAUACAUCUAGGGUCUAUAAAAUGAUGCCAUGGGAAUACGCUAGUGGUGUGGACUGUACGUUAGCGACCGUUAGCGAGGAAAUGAUGACGUAUUGUUGCCGGGUGGGGACGAAUUAUCAAUAGUUGUCAAUGCGAAGCGGCGAGUCGGUGUUUAGGUCCAUUCAAAUUUUGAUGUGUCUAGAACAUAUGAG